AUGGUCCUGCAUAACACUAUCCUCAGUCUGGCUACGGGUUUGACCCUGGCUGCUUCCUCUGUCGUUGCAGCUCCUCCUGCCCCUCCAUGCCCACCUCUUCCCCCAGCUGCUGUUCCUCAGGGAAAGAUUGAGGGUUUCCGCGAUACUCACUGUAACGCUGUGUACCUGGGCGUGCCUUUUGCUGCAUCCACUGGUGGACAGAACAGAUGGAAGGCACCUCAGAGUCUCCCCAACUCUACCCGACGUUUCACAGCCAAGGCUUACGGACCAACAUGUCCUCAAGCUAUUAGCAGUGAUGCUUUCACUCGCCAAGACGAGGACUGUCUGAACCUCAACAUUUGGGCCCCCAAAGAUGGCAAGAACCUGCCUGUAUUCGUUUACAUGUAUGGCGGUGCCAUGGUCACUGGCUCCAGCAGCAACCCCCAGAUCCAGGGCACAAACUUUGCCCGCAAUGGAGUUAUCUAUGUCAACUUCAACACCCGAGAGAGCAUCUUUGCUUCACCUCACUCUUCCGAGUUGAAAGAUGCCAAGCCCAAUGACACCCAGAACUUUAGCAUUCUGGAUGUUGAGAAGGCUCUUGACUGGGUCCACAAGAACAUCAAGGCAUUCGGUGGUAACCCUGACCACAUUGUCUUUGGUGGCCACUCCUCUGGUGGUGUUCAGGUUGACCACUACCUAUGGAACCACCCCAAGACCUUCCUCAAGGGUGCUGUUGAGAUGAGCGCCAACGCCGUCUCAGGCCCCGCUUAUGCCCCCGUCGACGAGGCUCUCAACGCUGUGGCCGAGGAAGUUGGCUGCCCCAAGGCUGGAAACGCUCAACUCGAGUGUCUCCGCAACGUCAACCUCUUUGACUUCCAGACCAAGAACUUCAACUCCACCUUCAACACCUGGUUCACUCCCGUUAUUGACGACAUUACUCGGUUCUCUGACUACCCCGCCCGUCUUGCUUCCGGCGGCUACGCUUCUCAGGUCCCUCUUCUGACUGGUACUUCCAACGGCGAGGGAACCAUCUUCAGCCUUGUCUAUGGUGCUGAGAACAGUGACUUUAGCUCUUGGAUCAACACCUUUGACGCUGACAGUGCUCACAUUCCUGACGCUGAUCUCAUCUCGGCUUACAACCCUGCUGAUUUUGCCAGCGAGUCUCUUCGCAGCGGUAUCCAGUACGGUGACGCCCGCUUCAACUGCCCUGUCGAUUACCUUCUUGAUCUCCGCAGCGAGCAGCAGAAGACUUGGGUCUACCGUUUCUUCGGUGCCUACGACAACGUCGUCGGACCCCCCAACACUGCUCCUACCCACGGCACCGAAGUCCCCUUCUUCCACGGUGGCAAUGAGUGCUUCAAGUCCCUUCAGGGUGUCACCACAGCCCAGCAGAAGCUUGCCGACUCCAUCCACAAGUGGUUCGUCGCUUGGAUCAAGAACCCCGCUGCUGGCCCUGGCUGGAACACCGUUGACAAGUCUGGCGAGUUGGUCAAGCUUGGUGUCCCUGGUGACGAGCUUACCCUCGAGAAGGCUGCUCGAAGUGACUUUAAUGGCGUGUGCCAGGCUGUCUACAAGCCUAACAUGCCCAAGUACCCUGUUGUGCAGUCUGUUGAAGCCAUUGUUGAGAAGCUCUUGGCUUAA